AUGCUGGUGGGAGGAAGAGGAGCGCAGCAGCUGCUGGAGAGCGGCAGCAGGCAGCAGGGGGGGGCCCCCAUGACUUCGAUGCUGCAGAGGGCCCCACAGGGCUUCCGAGUUGCUGCAGCAGCAGGGGGCCCCCAGGCAGCACUAGCAGCAACCUGCGGUCUGUCGAGGCCCCUGGGCUCUGAUGGUAGGGGGCCCCUUGAGCUGCUGCGCUGCAAAGCAACAACACGUUUGCUGGAGUUGUUGCGUCAAAAGGAGAGUGCUGCUGCUUCUGCUGCUGCUCCUGCUAGUGUAGACAGGUUCAGCUGCAGCAGCGCUACAGACAGCAGCAACAGCAACAGCAGCAGCAACAGCAGCAGCAGCAGCGCGCGUACAGCUGACAGCUAUGGCUCUCCUUCUUCAGUUUGUUCGCGUACUUCUGAUGAUGAGCGUGCACAGCCGCAUUCCUCCCGCAUGCAGCAGCAGCAGCAGCAGCAGCAGUUGCAGAAGCGGCAGCAGCAGCCCCAGCGGCAGCAGCUACAGAUGCAGGUGCAGCACUGGAGCCAGCAGCACGCCCAGCAGCAGCAGCAGCAACCGCAGCAGCAGCAGCAGCAGCAGCAGGGGCCUCAGAAGCAGGUCCAGCGCACUGGGAGCCAUCCGUCUGGCCGCCAGCACAGCGCCUACACCGAACAGCCGCAGAAGCAGCAGCUGCAGCAGCAGCAACGUUUGCAGCAGCAGCAGCAGCAUCAGCAUCAGCAGCGUCAAGAGCCGCCUCCACAGCAGCAGCGGCAGCGUUUGCGACAACGACGCAAGCAGCAGCGACAACAGCAGCCGCCGCAGCAACAGCAGCAGCAGCUGCAGCAUCAGCAGCCCUGGCUGCAAACUGCUCAACAGCAUUCGCCUCAACAUGUGCAGCGGCCCACGCAGCAGCAGCAGCCGCAGCAUCAGCAGCAGCAGCAGGGAAUCAGUGAGCUGCCGCGGAGCGCAGAUGCUGGCGUUUGUGUUAAGGCGUCCAGCAGCAACAUGUUUGCAGCUGAUGCUGCUGCUGCUGCUGCUGCUGCUGCUCGUGUGUCUUCGAGGUCACAAGCAGCAGCAACUGCAGCAACGGCUGCUGCUGCUGCAGCACAGCAGCAGCAGCCCUUUGCUGCUUCUCUUUUCAUGAGGAUUCCUGAGGCAUCGGCGAUCCCUCUACCUGUCUCUCUUUUGUCUUAG